UAGGCUUAGGCUCCUGGGGGAUCAAGGGUCAAGACUUGUCAGCAUAAAACUCUACUAACAAACAAGAGAAACUAUUAAUGUGAGUAUGACGAAACACCUUAUCCAGUACCUUCUUGCUGUUCAGAUCCACAGGCUGGAGGCACUUAGGUGAGUUGUUGCGCGAGUUGUUGACUAAUGAAGAAACUGGAUGAAAAGCCAAAAUGUUUUUAGACUCCAGAAGUUUCAAGGCAUCUCGGGAUUUUACCUCGCCAAAAUCAAGCCAUCUUCUCACUUCUUCGUCUCCAUCUAGAAUGGCUGGCAUCCUGAAACACAACCACACAGCAGUUUAGCAUUUUUGUUCAAGUCAAAUGCAAAGAAAGAGCAUGUUAGCCUGCUAAUUUUCUUUACCUAUGAUGGAUACUUUCUAUGUUUGGAGCUGCAUUCACUGUGAUUACACUGUACGAGUAAAGAGGUUCUCCUCCAUCUGGAGGUGUCCAGCAGUCGAAGACUCCAGCCAUAGUCAGCAACUUCCAUCCAGUCCACUCACUUGAAACGUCAUCUGCCUGAACACCGUGUAGCACAAACACAGGUAAAUAUAAAUGGCUAGUUUAAAAAAAAAAGAAAAGAAAAGAAGUCUGUAGAUUCGACAUUUUCACACCCCUAAGCACAACGCUAAUAUCAAACAGAAUCACAUUUGCAUUGUGUGUCAAAUCGAAAGUGCUAAGGAAACACUGGCUGCACACACGCACAUCUCUGCUUUGGCGCCUCUCCCACAAAAGAUAUUCUCAGUAUUCUCAGUCUUGCUCAUGUCCACCUGCACUGCAGUCUUUCUACUUCUGUUCUAGAUAAAAGCACAUGCUUGUGGUGCUUGUAUUGCUUCUGACAAACCCAGUACCAACCUUUGCUGCGAGGGCUGUCUCUUGAUUCUCAUCAUCUCGAGCUGAGGAUGUGGGGUCACCUUGACGCUUGGUUUUUGCCUCAGUCUGGGGGAAGUAUAUGAAGAAGGGCUGCUUGUCUUUCCCCUCCUUCCUCCACUCAUAGAAGCCAUCCGCCAGGAUGACACAACGCUGUCCUUUGUUGAAUGGGUCCUUUAAGGAGACAUAAGUGAUUAGACACACUAAGCAGACAAAGUGUGACACAAAGCAUUUGAAAUAUAACACUGUGGUAGAGCUUCUAACUGUGUGCACCUUGUAAGAUUUUUUCUGCAGGAUGUUCUCACUGCGGCAGUUGCUGGUGCUGUAUUGCAUCAUGUUGGGGUCUUUCUCCUUGAACCAGGAAGGUACCAGACCCCAACGCAUUGUGGCCAGCACACACUCAUCUGCAGGAGCUUCCUUAAAACACAAAAAUAUUAAACAUCACAGACAGACCACCUAUAUAAAAUACUAUGUAUAUCUCGACCUUGUAAUAUAAACCUGUUUCAUUUUAGACAAACAACAGCCCAAGAGGUGUUGACUGUGACUGAGAAAUGUAAUUAUUUAAAUCUAUGGUUAAAUUCUAUGGCCCUUAAAUAUGAUUACAGUAGGCGAGAGUGGGGUAAGAUGAGCCAUUUUUCAUAUUUCAGAUCACUACAUCAAGGCAAUCAUAGUUUUGUCUCUAACUACUGUAUCUGCAUAUAUUUCAAGAUGUUGUGCACUCCUGCAAACCAACAGAAUGAGUGUAAACAGAAUUGUCUUGAUAAUAUAGCAUGUCAAAAAAGUGGUCUCGUGUAUGAGGUAAGUUGACCAUAGGAGUGGGGUAAAUUGAGCCGUAUCCCUACUACUGUGGCCCUUUAAUGUGAUUACAGUACAGUAUACUUAUUUAUAUGUCCAAUUUAAGGUUGAAAACAUUAUCUCAACUGUUGUGUAAUCUUUAUGUAUUUACGACAAUUACCUUCACACUAAAUCCUCAACUGCAGCGGAACGGUGCUCUUGUUUUUACCUUGUCAAAGUGCCUCUGAGAGAGCAGGACCGGGCUCAUGGACUGCGGGCUCUUGUUAUAAGAUGGUCGGUAUUUGUCCGCAUCCCCAUCCCUCCAGCGGGGCUGUCUCCGCCGCCCUCCUCGGUUCCUAUAAGAGGAGGCUCGGCUUACCUCGUCAGGAGCAAGAGUGCACGCAGUUCUUCCACACAUUUUACAACUUCACCGAGAGUCCACUGAAAACUGAGGAAAGUUGGUUUUAAAGGAAAAUUCAGUGCAGCUAGGUCAAUUUCAACAGUGUUAGCAGGUUAGCUAAAGUUUGUUUGGGAAAUAAAGCGUUUCAUUCUUUCUGCAGUCAUAAGCAAUGUUUCACUUACCAGGGGCGACCUUUCACACUAUGUUCACACUGUAACUCCGCAGUGACUAAUGUCUCUGGGUUUGGCUACGUCCCUCUUUAAUAUGUCUGUGUACAGCCUGUCUUCUGCCUGUAUGGUACAGGGAUUUGCCUGGGCAGAGGCUGAGGCGCUACAUCUUACGUAAGACGUUAGAAUACUCGCGUAACCAAUCACAGCACAGGGCGGGGAAAAUAACAUCAGUCCAAGAUGGAGAUAGAAAAGAAAACCUUUAAAAAUGUAACAUUAAAAAAUUAUUCAAACGUAAAGUGAAAGUAAAAGCCCGGAGAUUUUUCAUGAGCAAACAAACACACACUCAUAAGAUUGAAUGAUUUAUUGAUUACACCGUUGGUUUUAAAAAUGUUUUGGUAGACAUCGCGAUAUAAAUUUUGAGAGCACACAUUUUGAGUGUAUCAGGAAAUCGCGUUAUCUAUAUGAUAACGUUAAGAACCCUAGCACCUAGUCUUACUUCCCUUAUACUUACUAGUAAACAAACAAACAAAAAAAAUAAGUAAAAAUAAAUAAAUAAAUAAAUAAAUGUCAGUUGGAAUUUUCUUACGUAGUUUAGACUAGGUUAAAAUUAACGUCAUUUUCCAAAUAAGAUAUAUUUUUAUACGAGCCGAAAGUGGAAAUUAUUAACAACACGUAUAAUAAUUGAUUUUAGAGUUAUGGGGUUGCCAUGGUAACAGUAAACAGGUCGAAAGUCAGGCACUUGUGAGAGAAAUAAACGGCACCGGAUCAGACACACCUGUGGACCUCAGCAGGUAAGAGGAACAGACAUUAAACAAUAAUGUCAAUCUGGAACAUUAGCUGAAAGCUUUAAGUAAUUCGGUAGAGGAGCCAGUGUUUGAUAUAGUGUUUAAAGAAAGCACCAUUCUUGAAGUAAAGCUGACAAGUGAAGUCUUGCUGUCUCACACACGGCGAUUUGACCCACUUUACAGCCCACUGCACGUGGGGAGCUAUAUUUCAGACCAAAAGGUAGUUGUACGGUAUGAAUAACCACUGCCACUUUCCACAGAGUUUUAAUCGUUUAUGACCACUACUUGUGCAACACAUUUGCACUGUAUUAGUAUUACCCUAUGAUGUAUCCUCUGCAGCAGUUUGUGUCUGACUGAACCAUAUAGCAGAGAGGAAAACGUUCUUCUGAAGAAGAGGUGGUGUUAGUAUGAAAGCCACCAGAUCCAGACAGUCUGUUCAUCUGGACCGAGAAAAACAUCAUGUCACCGAUAGACGCUGCACAUCAUGGCCAGAUAGAGGUGAGAGAUCGAAACCAGCUGACAGUCACUGUCUGAAGGAUGGAUAAGAGCAGCAGUCACCAGGUUGUGUUCCCUUCAAAAGCGUCCCAAACAUUUAACAAUGCAAGAACAAUUUAGGCCUCUACUUUCUGUUCUGGUGACAAUUCAUGAACCAUAAAGGCAAGAUGAUUAUUUAACUCAGUCGGUUUAUGCUUUGGUAAUGUUGUGGGGCCUUUUUAUCACUUUGUUAUAGGACCAAUUUCAAAUCUGAAAUGAUAAAGUUCACUGCUGAUCAUGAUAAUGGACUGUACUCACAGAGCAGACAUAAAGGUCACACAUUCUGAAUGAUACAUGAGGUCAUGUUUAAGACAGGUGGCCAAUUGUCUGAACUAAGGGGCCAUGUAUCAAAGUUUAAUGAUUUUGCUCCUUUUGGCUCAAGAUGGAGAUAUUAUUCUUUAGGAUUCAGCCACACAGUUUUUGACAUUUUCAUCCCCAUGGUGUACUUGUAUAUCUAUCACAUUUACAUGCUGUCCAGUUUCAUUUACUUAAUGUUUUACGUGCAUACGCAUUUGCAGAUUGUGUGUUAAGUUUAUGACAGAUGCAAAUGAGAUUUCACGUGUUGCAUUAAAAACUUGUAUGAGGCAUUUUUUCAAAUUCUCCUUCCCCUUUUUAUGUAGCAGCUAUGUGCUAAAUAUAUCAUGCAAAAUUUGGGGCAUCUGGCUUAACCGUCACACUAGAUAACAUUUUGUCAUCCAAAAGCAGUUAAAGCAGUGGAAACCAGAGGGUUCUUCAAGGACCAGAAGGUCCAGCAAUGCAAAGAGAAAAGAAAAAACCCACAAACAAGUAUGUAAAGUUGACAAAAAAAUGCCGAAUGACAUCAAUUUUUCACUCAGUGAUUACUGCACAAACAAUAUUACUGUGUGCAAGUUCUUACAGACAACUAACACUAUCAUUUCCUGCCCAAAUGUUUUACAUGUGUGUUUGUCAGCUAAAUCUCCUGAGGUCAAAGGUUAUUGCAGUUUUGGCAGCCUGCCUGUUCUCAACCCAGGGAGACUGCAGACAGCGAAAGAUCAUGCAGACAAAGCUGUGAAAGUGGGUUAACCUUACUUGACAUAUUCAAAACAUAUACACUGAAAGAUGAAAUUCUUAGAUUUUAGAAAGUUGUCUGUUAUUGUUCCUAACAUGCUUCUAUUUCAUUUAUCUCAGAUGCAUAAAGUAUUUUCUGUCCAGGGUCCUUACCCUGUUAUCAGGGAAGGACUGAGGACCAGGGGCUGGGUUGAGCAGCGUUCACGCCGCUCAAGCCACCAUGUUCAUCAGCGACUCAGGUAUGAGAGCCGAGCAAGCUCUGAUGAUGCUGAUGAUGAUGAUGGUGAUGAUGAUGGUAAGUGAAAUACAACCAUGACUGUUUCAGGGAGCACUUUUAUCCUUGAUCUUUUAACAUAUCUAUUCACUAUCCACUCACUCCAACCCAGACAACUCAGACAAUGUCAAGGAAAAGCAGGAUCCAGAUGGACUAAAUGAUCUAAUGGUAAAAAUCUUUUUUUUUUUUCUUUUAGGCUAAUUUCAUUGUGAAGCUGAUAUUUCUAAGGUUUAACUAUUACCUUUCCCCUGUUUCAUCCAGUCUCGACUGGUGCGAGAUGAAACGGUCUAUUUCUACUGGACAAACCGACGAGACUCCAUCAACACCAACAGUUUGCAAAAAGAUCAGAUAACAAAUCACUUUGCACAGACAGGCAGCUUCACCACCAAGGUAUACAUUUGGCCAUAUAAGAGGGCUUACUUCAUGCUUUUUCAGGGGUCCAGUGGUUGACUCACCUAUUAUAUCUGUCAAAUGUUUCGUCAGGUGGGACUGUGUGUGAACCUGAGGAACCUGCACUGGUUUGAUUCUGCUGACCCAGACACCUUCUUCCCCCGCUGUUACAGAAUAGGAGCACUGGAUGAUAAGCAUGCUUUUAUUGGUAACAUAUGAUUUAAUAGCUUAAAGCAGAUAACAUUUUGUUUUCUUUUCCAGCACCUUUAUUCAUUUACAUAAGCUCAUAGUACUGCCUCUGUCCUUUGUUCAGAGGACUACAGAAGGACAGCAUGCACCAGUCUGUUGAAGUAUAUUGUAGAGAGGGGACAGGGUGAGCACAGACAGACAAAGAACCGCAACAACCAGACAACUCAAGGUAUCACUUCUCUAACAUGAUUAUAUAUUUUCUUUGCUAAAUAGAGACUGAACUUCCUUGCUUCACCACCAGGUCAGAGAAAACAAAGCAGAGAACUAUCUAGACCGGCCCUCUCCCAAAUGAUUGACUUUGCUGUCAAAGUAUGCCAGGAGUUAUUGGAGAGUCUGGAGCACAGAGACAUAGACAAAAACUUGGACACACUGCAAGAGCUUUCAAAAGAGGAGUGGGCAGAGUUCAUUGACAGUUACUGCCUGGUUGUUCAGUGAGUACAGUGUGGGGCAGUGAGAUAGAAAACUAUAACAACAGUGCACUCUACUAUUGUUUGUCAUUUGUGUGUUUCUUCACUCAGCGGUGGGGCAGAGGUGGAGGUCAGUGAUCAGUUUGUGGUCACUUCCAAAGCCAUGCUGCAGAGGCUGGAAGAGUUCAGUCCACAGCUGGAUAUAGAGGGCAUACACAACAUCUGGAUCAUCAAACCUGGGGCCAAGUCCAGGGGCAGAGGUGGGAGAAGUCAGAGUUGAUCACACAGACCACAUUAUAUGAGACAACUUUGACUGACUUGCUACUCUCUCUCUCCAGGCAUCAAAUGCUACAAACGUUUGGAUCAGAUCCUUAGGCUGGUGGACAGGGAUCAAACUCUUAUCAGGGAGAGCAAGUGGGUGGUACAGAAGUACCUGGAGCGCCCUUGUCUGGUACAUGGUACCAAAUUUGAUGUCCGGCAAUGGUUCCUGGUCACAGACUGGAACCCUUUGACUGUGUGGUUUUAUAAAAAGUGUUACUUGCGCUUUUCUACGCAGCCUUACUCACUGGAUAAACUUGACAGGUAAGACACUACAAGGUUUUGGGUGGUCAAUCAGAAAAGGAAGCAGAUGUAAGACCAGAUGAGUGUUCAUUGUAAAAAGGAGAAGUGAGAGGAUGAUAGGCUGUAAAGAAAUGAGCUAGUGCCUUUUUUUCUUUGGCAGGCUAUAUGUGUAAAUAGCCUACAUGCAAUUGUCUACAUUUAUUUAAAUUUUGGUGCAUUGCUGUCCCAAACAUCAAUAACAUUUCAAUCUCCUACCAAAGCUUGAAAACCUGUCCACCUACAAGAGUACCUCCACUUUUGUCAGAUAGUUGCACUUUGAUUUUGUAAAGGUUAUUUUCUUUAACCUGGCCGACACUCAUGGGAGUCAGGGGAGUUGAUGUGGCAUCAGGCCAGUCUCAUUUAUGCUUCCUCUGUCCUUUUAGCUCUGUCCACCUGUGUAACAACUCAAUCCAGAAGCACCUGAAGCCCUCCCACCAACGCCAUCAAAGCAUCCCUGCAGACAACAUGUGGUCAGACAACCAGUUCAAGGCCUUUCUGUCUAGCCAGGGUAUGGAGGCUCAAUGGGAGGCUGUAGUUGUCCCAGGAAUGAAAAAGGCUCUGAUCCAUGCAUUACAGACAACGCAGGACCUAGUUGAUUCACGUAAAAACACCUUUGAGCUCUACGGGGCUGACUUCAUAUUAGGUAACAUAAGACCAUGUGUAAAAAACAUGCUGUGUCACAUACAGUAUGUUACAGCAGAUUUCAGCUUGUAUCUUACACCACACCUGUUUUAGUUCUGCUCUGUUAAUCCUGGGUUGUCUCAAUGUGAUUUGUGGUUUCUUCCAAAGGUCGUGACCUGCAUCCAUGGCUGAUAGAAAUCAAUGUCAGUCCCACUAUGGCCCCUUCUACUCUUGUGACAGCCAGACUCUGUGCUGCUGUGCAAGAAGACACACUGCGAGUUGUCCUAGACCGAAGAGCAGAUCGCUCUGCAAGUACUGGAGACUUUCAGCUCAUACACAGACAGGUGAGGAUUAGUUUAACCCUGCUCUUCAUAUCGAGUGGCCCAGUCUAAUUUUCCCACAUUUGUAGGAUGAAAUAUAUAACCUUUUAUGCCACUCUUGGUCUCAAGGCGGCUGUAGAAGUGCCACAGUAUUUGGGAGUCAACCUACUUGUUGAAGGCUCAAAGAUCAAAUGCCCAUGCACACUUCCUCCACUGAGGCCCUUAAACCCUUCACCACUGAAACACCCGGGCCCUGCCAAGGAGAAGGAACAAGUAGCGGAUAAAGUGAAGUCUCUUUGUAAGAGGUCGUUCAAGAGUACCAAGCUCAGCACUGGGGUGAUCCAGCCACCACCCCCAUGCACACUUGAGCCAGCUGUCCCUGUUGAACAGCUCCACCUCCAUAUGACUGGAGACAAGUCAUAGGGAUACCAAGCUUUUCAGAAGUCUGCCCAGAAUGACCCUUCUUUGUCGCCAGAGAUGGCUGUUCCAAACAGUCCACACAAGCUGCAAGCAGUGACUUUCACUGCUGAAAACUGUCAAAAAGAAAAACUUGAAUGGGUUUUUUGGUCUACCUCAUAAUACAUUCAUAAUUAAAUUCGUUCUAAUA